AUGAUCUCACUACCACUUCUUUGCGACCAACCCUUCUGGGCAACGACCAUCUACAACGCAGGACUCGGUCCAUCUCCACUUCGCGAGCAAGCGCUCAGCAGCGAAGUCUUUUUCGAGGCGUUCCAGUAUUGCCUACGACCAGAGGUAAAACGAGUUGCUUCAAGGUUAGGCCAGAAGAUCCAGGGAGAGAACGGCACUGCAAACGCCGUCCAAUCAUUCUAUCGCCAAUUAAAAUGGGAGAAGGUUCAAUGCAGUGAUGCUGACACAGAGCCUGUGAUCCAUCGCAUGCAAUUACAACCAUCGUUUAGCAGCAAGGUCGAGGCUGAUGUGGUCGUCAUUUCGACAAGAGGAGGCGGCUCCACGGCAGAAUUGGAUGAGUACCCAGCACACACAAGACGCGAUAAAACCCCCGAGCUCGUCGAAGAAAAAGUCAAGACUACGUUCCUUGUCGACGCAAAGGGCGUAUCCAUAAGUCUGAUCAAAGCCAUCAUCAAACCUACUGUCUCGCAUAUCGCAGAUGCGCACAGGAAACGCGAGACUGAGAAUGACGCACCCGUGCCGAUGGGCCAGAAAGUCGCGCAACCUAAAACGCGAACCGAGACGGCGAUGAAAGUCGCGAGAACUGUGGGCUUUGGGUCUGCGGUUACUUGUGGAAAGAUUGCGAUGCUGCCAUUCAAGACUGUAUGGUACAUGAGCGAAACGGCAUCGUACGGAGUUCGAGCUCUACAAGGGCUGGAUCGCAAUGAAGACAAAAAGCGCAGUCAAGACGUGGAAGAAGUGUCUGAUGCCAACAAUUCUCGGGGUUUAGAUGAAGCAAUCAACAGAUCGUCUUAUGACAGGGACGAUGCUUAUACACGUGCAAUCACAGCUUCGGGUAUGACUCGGAGUACAACUCAACCUCGCGAUGGCGAUAGGGUAUCAUUUGGAUCUUCCCGCUCUCAUUCGCCCGCACCUAGUGGCAAUCGGGAAUAG